AUGCUUCCUCCCUGGCCUUCCCCAGUCGCCGAAUGGCACAACGAGACCUACGAUGCCAUCAACCCCAGCAACAAGGAGCUCUCAAUGGCCGGUAAGACCAUCGUGAUCACGGGCGGUGGCACUGGAAUCGGCCGCGAGACCGUCCUCACCUUCGCCAUUGCCGGCGCCAAAACCAUCCAUAUCCUGGGCCGCACGCAGUCCUCCCUUUCCGAGACGAAGGCGAUCGUCGAGAAAGAGAUCCCCGGCACUAGGAUCGUCCUCCACGUCGCCGACGUGACCGACCUGGCGAGCGUUGAGAAGGCGGCCAAGGAAGUCGGCUCCUGGGACGUUCUCGUUUCUAAUGCGGGAUACCUCCCCAAGAGUAAGACGCUAAAGGAGCUCGAUCUUGCGGAUUGGUGGCAGGGAUUUGAGAUCAACGUCAAAGGUAACCUCAUCGUCACCAAAGCGUUCCUGCCCCAGCGCAACGCAAAUAGCUCCCUCGUUGGUGUCUCCUCCGCGGUUGUCAGCAUGCCCGCCGCAAUGCUAGAGGGUGGUUCCUCCUACGUCACGUCUAAGCUCGCGACUAUCAAGUUCUUCGAGUUCGUGGCCGCCGAGUAUCCGGAUGUGCACGUGGUGACGCUGCACCCUGGAGUGGUCGAUACGGCGAUGAACAAGAAGUCGGGAAUUGACAAUAUGCCGAUGGACGAUGUCAAGCUUCCGGCGCACUUCAUCCUGUGGGCUGCCAGUGCCGAAGCGGCAUUUGCCAGGGGCAGGUUCAUCUGGUGCAACUGGAAUGUCACGCAGCUGAAGGCGUUGAAGAGAGUGGAAGAGGAGCCGCUUUUCAUGACUUCGGGUGUUCUUGGCUGGCCGUGGGCCUAG